GGAUUUAUGUCACAAUGGAGCGCGAUAGCAAAUCGUUAUGCGGCGCUUUGCCCUCCCGGAUGGCCUUGGCCCCCAGCCGCCCAUCGGAUGCCGUUUCACAGCCCCACCAAUGAUAAUUCAGGCUGUAUAUUGGAAAAUCAAUCCCCAUCACUCACGCCGCCGCCAUCGCACCAAUCCAAGACACCUCCACCACAUCCGGCAUUUAUGGGAAGUGGAGCAGGCGGUUUAAAUGCUGGUAGACCAACCGGUGGAAGUGUCAUGAACACACACGGAUGUAGUACGCAUAAUGGGCUUGGUUCCGGCGGAAGCAGCCUCGGAGGCGGCAGUGGCAGCACCGGUGGCGAUGAUUGUGAAUCCGAUGAUGACGGUCAGGAGAUUAUCGAGGAAGAUGACGAUGGCAGCGACAGGCCGUCGGAUUCCGCUUCGCCCAAUUCGAACAGUGCGAUGCAGUCCAAGCGGAAAAAGAAAACCCGAACGGUCUUCUCGCGUGCGCAAGUGUUUCAAUUGGAAUCGACAUUUGAUAUGAAAAGGUACCUCAGCUCGUCGGAGCGCGCCGGUCUGGCAGCUUCCCUUCGGCUAACGGAGACGCAGGUGAAAAUCUGGUUUCAGAAUCGUCGCAACAAAUGGAAACGGCAGCUGGCUGCCGAGCUGGAAGCAGCCAAUAUGGCGAACAUGGCGCAUGCGGCCCAACGACUGGUACGCGUGCCUGUCCUAUACCAUGAAGGGGCUGGCGGUGGGUUUGUCCCUCCUCCACCACAUCCCCACUCUCAGCAAUUGUACUACACGGCAGUAUCGCGUGGCGGCAGCCCGCCAAGACCACCACUCUCAUCUUUGGUGUAAUAUUGUGUUUCGAACAUUGGUUCUACUAUCGGCAUCAGCAGAAAUUGUGCUAGUAGUGGUAAUAGUAGUUACAGUUGUACCGGUAGCAGCAAAAACUAGUACCAGUAGAAUCAGUACUGAGUAAUCCCUUGAUAGAAACUAACUUCAGAGCUGAAUCGCUUUGUGAAGCAAUUUUAACGUUAAAUAGAGAAUGCCAAAUAAAGCUGAAAAAUAUGAUUUUUACCAAGGAGCAAAGAGACAGAAGUGAUCCCUUGAGAAUAUUUAAUAAAUGUAAAUAAAGUGCGGAUAGGAUCAGAUACUAACAAAUCGUAUUUAGGUUCUAGGAGUAAUUUGAAAAUGAGCAUAUUUUAAAAUUAUUUGAAUGCAAUAAAUCGCGCUCACACAUGGUUUAUCUGCCCCUAAAAUGUACGAUGUGUGUUUUUGAAGCAUCCCACACUAUUCUAUUGAGGAAAAUGGAUCAUACUUGUGAAAUUGAGGAUUCGUUUCAUUCUAUUCAAAGCAUAACAAAUAAAAUAUUUCGUAGAAGUCAACGCACAUCAGCUAAAUAAAAAAAAAGGUGUACUUCAAAUUCUCUCAAAUGGUAUUUUUUUUCGCUGGAGCAGCAAUGAGACGAAUGCAAAUAUUUUUAAUCUAUUUUCAGUUAUACGUUGAUUUCUGUUUUUUGUUUUAUAAAAUAUGUAUUUUUGUUCACAAUGAGUUUCCGGGAUGAUCUUUUUCAUAAAU